CAAGUCUUCAGUGUAGGUUCAUGAGGGGUGUUGUGGAACCCCAUUCCACGUAAUAUUAUUCAUUUAUCACUGUAUUCCGGUGAAAUAUUUUUUUAAAAUGUCGAAGACCGAACAAGCACUGAUCCUAGAACCAAGUGGCGAGCUUAGAUUUAGAGGUCCUUUUACUGAUGUUGUGACAUCAGUACUCAAACUAGUAAAUCCUACCGACAAAAGGGUAUGUUUCAAAAUAAAGACCACUGCACCUAGGAGAUACUGUGUUCGACCCAAUAGUGGUAUUGUAGAAGCAGGCUCAACUGUUAAUGUGUCAGUAAUGCUACAACCUUUUGAAUAUGAUCCCAAUGAGAAGAAUAAACACAAGUUUAUGGUACAGACAAUGUUUGCUCCUGCAGGAGACAUUGAUCAAGAAUCACUGUGGAAAGAAGCCAGUAGUUCUGAGUUGAUGGAUUCCAAAUUGAAGUGUGUUUUUGAACUGCCAGUGGAUUCACAACAGAAUGAUCUGGAUUCUAAUAAAUAUCAGGGUGGAAGUAGCAAGGAGACAUCAACAAAACCCAAUAUCAAAUCACCUGAGGUUCGAACCCAGUCCCCACUUGGUAAAGCAAUGAACAUCACAGAUAAGGAGUAUCAACGAGUAAUGGAGGACUACAAAAAAUUACAGUUAGAAAAUACUCAUCUUAAACAAGAAAAUACUGUUUUGAGGGAUGACGGUGUUCACAAACGCAGAACAGCUACUGCAGAUACACAAGAAAGCUUCCCUAGUCCUGUCACGAAACAAGCACAGUCGUCUGGAUUUCCACCCGUUCUUUAUUUAAUAUUAGCACUUCUCUUUGGAAUUAUUCUCGGUAAAUUCGUGCUGUAAAAAUUAUUCCCAAAAUAGAUAGCUGAGAAAGUUGAAAUAAUAUGCAAAUUGUACAGUGGUGAAGUGAUUGGCCCACACCAACAAUUUGUGAGGUUGUAUUGUUGUUUGAUUCUCGUGGCAAGUAUAAUAUUCUGAUCCAAUAAAUACCUAAUGAUGGUAAUGAGCUUACUGUGUCCCAAAAUUCUUAGCUUAUGCAAGAAUGCACAAACAGCGCCAUCAACACUAAAAUCAACCAAGUUUAUACACUCACACACCCAAUCAGUUUAGUUCUUAUGGUGUAUAUUUCCACAAAAGAUUUCAACAGCACUCACUUUUCGUCUGUCACUUAGUAUAUUAUGUGACAAUAAAAGGACAGUUGUAUAUGAUUUAAAAGAAACAUUAUUUCAAAAUGUCUCAUUAUUUAAUAAGCAUAGUUUUUUUUUUUAGAAAUUCUUUCUAAAAAUGCAU